AUGUCUGCAAAGAAAGAAGUCACCACGGCCACGGCGGCAGUGGAGCCGACAUCCGGCACCCGGGAUUCUGACGGUGAAUCCAAAGACGGCAAUGCAACACCCACCCAGAAGGAGACACAGACUCGGCGUUGGUUUCACUGGCACGAGCCGGGGACAUCAGCAGAGGAGAAGCGACUCAUCUUCAAGCUUGAUUGGUUUCUGUUGAGCUACUCGUGUCUAUGCUUUUUCAUCAAGUGGCUAGAUGGGAAUAAUGUCACUAACGCCUACUCAUCCGGAAUGUCAGAGGAGCUGGGUUUUGGUCCUGGCAAUGAACUCUCUUGGAUGAACACCUACUUCACCAUCGGCACCCUUAUCGGCGCGUCCUUCGCCAAUCUCAUCAUCACUGUUGUCCCACCGCGCAUCUGGCUGCCGUCUUGCCUGAUGACUUGGUCGCUGUUUGUUUUGUUCCUUUACAAGUGCAAUACGGCCGCUCAGUUCUAUGCCCUUCGCUUCUGUAUCGGUCUUUUCGAAUCCGCUGCUUGGCCCGGCAUAACCUACACUCUCGGUUGUUGGUACCGCAAAAGUGAAUUAGCUCGGCGUUCGGCCCUGUUCGUCAUCUCAGGUGUCCUGGGUCAGAUGUUUUCUGGGUACCUUCAGGCCGCGUUGUACACCGGAAUGGAGGGUAGGGGUGGCCUUUCUGCAUGGCGAUGGCUAUUUAUCUUCGACUUCAUCUUGGCAGUGCCUGUAGCUAUUUACGGUGCUAUCUGCUAUCCGGAUACUCCACACACCACCAAGGCCUGGUACCUCAAUGACUGGGAAAAACAACGUGCCAGAGAACGCAUCGAAGAGGAAGGCCGUACACCUGCUGGGAAACUCGACUGGACAGUUGUCCGGCGCAUCUUCACGUCGUGGCAGGUCUACGCCUUUGUGAUGGGAUAUUCUCUCUGGUCCUUGACGGUGGGAAACUACGUAAUGCAGUAUUUCACACUUUAUCUCAAGAGCACAGGCAUGUACACCAUUCCACAGAUCAACAACAUCCCAACCGCCAUUGGGGCUGUCAAUUUCACCUUCAUGCUCAGCUCGGGCUUUAUCGCAGACAAAAUUGGACGACGAGGGCCCGUGUGUCUUGCCGUUGGGACGUUGCUAGCAGUUUGCUAUGUUAUUCUCACUGUUUGGGAUGUUCCCCACCGUCUGAAAAUGGCAGCUUUUAUCUUAUGCGGUUGCUAUGGAUGCUACACGCCGUUACUCGCUGGCUGGACGAACGAGACUUGUGGAGGUGAUCAGCAGAAAAGGGCAUUUAUCCUGGGUUUUAUGACAGCCGUGGGUGGUGCAGUUGCAAUUCCGUUCCAGCAGAUCCAGUUUGCUAGCUCCCAGGCACCACAUUUCAAAGAGACGCAUGGCUGGGGUAGCGGGUUGGCCAUGGUGAUUGCCUUGACCUUGUGGACAGGGAUUGCUAUUCCAGCUUUACAAAAAUGUGCAGAGAACAAGGUAAAGGUAGACGAUGAGGAAGACUGA